AUGGUCCUGGUAGCAAUUUCGGGUCUCGCUAGACUUGUGGCAGCUGAGACUGGCGACGAAUACCUUGCUGGCAUGUGGAGAGAGAAUUUAGAAUCGCAAUUAUGUUCGGAGCCUUUUGGGCAGGCUAAGACUCCCGAGGGUACCUAUACUGCGCCUUCUUGGUCAUGGGCCUCGACUAGUCGGGCCAUACUUCCCGCUUCCCCUCCUGAUUCCGACGACACUUUGUUUGCUAAGGUGGAGACCGUGAGCAUACAAACUUCUCAAGACCCGUUUGGAGAGGUCUCUGCUGGGAGCCUCCUCAGAUGCGAUCUGAGGUCUGUGGACUGGGAGACGAACCCAGAGUUUACCAGGAUCGCCAAUCACGCACCAGAAGUUAUGGGUAGAGGCCUUGUCCUUGAGCCCACGGGCCACGGCAACAGAGGACAAUAUAAGAGGAUUGCACGCGUCUUAUUCUUUACCGGGAAAAAGCUCGAAUUCGGGGAAGCGGUUAAGUCUCCCAAGCUUGCAACACAAGAUCAUGACCGCGUGGAAGUCUCCGUGGACAAGGACGGGCAGGGAUCUUUCCUCAUCUAG